UUGUCUUUCUGGUGCUGGAGGAGCUGUCCAGCGGCACGGUGCUGAAGUGAGUCAGACAAAAGCCCUGCACGCUUCAUUAAGGUAAUGUGAGACGGGACACGGAGGACGCAGCGGUACUUCAAUGUCCUUCACAAACUAGAAGGAUGCACUGGCCAAUGAACACACUUCCCAUGCCUCUGUAUGUGGAGCUGGGCGUCCAUUCACUGAGUGGCCUUCUGUGGACUCUGCUGCUCCUGUUUUUGUGGCACUGUUAUCGGAUGGGCUGUGACCUGCCAAUCCCCGGCCAUGCACAUGCCGGAAAGAUCAAGUCAGGCUCAAGGCGCUCCAUGAUGUCCCGUAGCUGCGCUGCAACCAAGUGCAGUGCACGAUACAAGGUGUCGAGAAGUGAUCAAAUGGCUGCCUUCAUUCCCAUGGAAACGGAGGAGGAUGAGGAGCAGGGACAGGGUUACCUCACCCCUGUGCUGAGUCGUGCCUUGUUUCCAGCUCAGGCAUCUGCAGAGGCCAAAAAACUCUACAAAGCACUGCAGGAGUAUGCCAAGCGCUACAGUUGGGCGGGCAUGGGGCGUAUUCAUAAGGGCCUUCGUGAGCAGAUAGGACUAAAUGAUCACUCUGCUAUACAGAAGCCUCAUCUCUUCUUCCUGCCGGAUGUCCCAAGUGUUCCUUUUUUCCCACGUGAUGCACAUCGACAUGAUAUUGAGGUCUUGGAAGCCAACUAUCCUGUAAUCUUGGCUGAAUUCCAGGCUGUUUACCAGCGGGGUAUCGAUCCAAAACAAGGGUGGACUUGUCUGGGUCCAAAGGGGCAGACAGUGUUUCCCUUGUAUACUGCAGGAGUCUCUGUGGCUGGAAACUGUCGCUCGUGUCCCUGCACGUACAGGACACUUCUCUCUCUACGUACAUUUAUAAACAGCAACUCACUGGGCUCUGCUGGAUUUUGGCUGCUGAGGCCUGGAGCUACAUUGGGCAGUUCAUAUGGACCCACCAAUACGCGCCUCCGUUGUCAUCUUGGUCUGCAGACACCGCCCAUGUGCGAGCUGGUGGUAGGAGGGGAACCUCAGUGCUGGUCAGAGGGACACUGCCUCCUGGUUGACGACUCUUUCCUUCACACUGUCUCCCACAAGGGGCCUCCCGAUACCGGACCCCGAGUCAUUCUGAGUGUUGACCUUUGGCAUCCUAAUGUGGCUGCAGCAGAGAGACAAGCUUUGGACUUCAUGUUCAACCCCGACCUCUGAAUUUGCUCCUGCUAUGUGUAUAUAUGUAUAUGUGUAUAUAUAUAUAUAUAUAUAUAUAUAUAUAUAUAUAUAUAUAUACAUACAUAUACACACACACACAACAUCCAGGGAUGCCUUAUUUUAGCCCUGCCUGUUGUGACUCAUGCAUUAAUUCAGAUUAAUGGAUCACUGUGUGAAUUUACCCAGAGAAUUAAGCCAUUUGCCACGCUUUCAAAGGGUGUUGGGUUUAUGGUCUGCCGUACACCAGGAAGUGCCACUUGAAUGCAUUAUUAUGGAUGAUGUUAGACAAUGCUACAGGCUAGACAGUGCGGUUACAAACUUUAAGCUGACAGCCUUUGAAAGCACAAGCAGAUCAAAUCUAAGGAGAGUAGAUCUGGUGUUAUUUUCAUUCUUAGUGUAGCAUAAACAUGUAUAUCCACUCCAUGUACUUUGUGAAUGACUGCUAAUUGCAUGAAACCUAGCUGUCAUGAUAACAGGAGUGUGUCCUAAGCUGCUGAUGCAUGUGCUAAAAUGCCCUCAGGAAAAGAGGCCAUUGUUUAUUUACUGUACGGUACAAACCAAAAACUGUGAAAUAUAAAGUGUACAUUUAUGUUUAUCUUUUGUUUACAAAAUGAAUGCCAAAAAUACAAUUGAUCCAUCUUUCUAUUCUUACUGCAACCCUCCGUGGACACUUCUGUUUCUAUAUAUGAAUAUAUUUUCUUUCACCAUUAUAUGACAUGCAUUUAUCAGGUUCUUUUUUUUUUAAUGUUGCAGAGUUGGAAUCCAAAUAACAAAUAAAUAACAAGUGAAACAACA